GAGCGAAAUCACACUUAAUUAACCUUUGAACUCGGGGUUGAAUCAUAAUUCGCAAGAUGGCGACCUCCGUUACGGAAUUUUUGAAAUGGUUUUGAUCGCACACAAGGGGACCUCCAAACUUCUCGAGUCAUCUUGCAUUUAUCCAUUUGAAAAUACAUAAUUAAAUUGCACCAGACUACAAGAAGACAUCACUGCCUGAACAUCUUAAAAAAAAAGUUCAGCAAAGCUUUUCAACCAAAAUAUUGUAAAACACAGCAUCACCAGAGAUGACGACAGCGGCAAGACCGACCUUUGACCCCGCCAGGGGAGGUCGAGGCAAGGGUGAGGGCGGUGACUUGAGUGCUAUGUCAAAGCAGUAUUCCAGCCGAGAUCUGCCGGCGCACACCAAACUGAAGUACAGGCAAAGCGGUCAGGACACGGCGGAGGAAGUCAGCCGCCGUGACCUGCGCAAGGACCUGGAGGAGAGGGAGCGGGCCGUGGCCCGAGAGAAGCGAGGGGAUCGGGCCAACAGGGAAUCGUCCAGCAACAGCAGUACCAGCAGCAGUGCCAAGAGACCUCGCAUCGAACAGAUUCCGGCAGCCAACUUGGACGCCGACGACCCGAUCGACAAAGAUGACGACGAGGACAGUGACGACUCGGACAGUGACGAUGACACUGCUGAUCUCCUGGCAGAACUCAACAAGAUCAAGAAGGAGCGGGCCCUGGAGCAGGCCAGAAAGGAACAAGAAAGGAAAAUUGAAGAGGAGAAGAUCCGAACUGAGAACAUCUUGAGCGGCAAUCCCCUGAUGGGAAAUUCCAACAAGAGCGACUUCAAAGUCUCACGGAGGUGGGAUGAUGACGUAGUCUUCAAGAACUGUGCCAGAGGUGAGGACGACAAGAAGGAAAAACCAUUCAUCAACGACACACUUCGGUCGGAAUUCCACAAGAAGUUUAUGGACAAGUACAUCCACUGACCCAUAUACAGCUCGGCUGAAACCUUUCAGGGUUUUUUCUUGGGGGGGACAAUUCACAGGAAAGUCGAUGUAGAUGUAAGAGUCGUACAUCUCGGGAAUUUUCAAUUUUCGCCAUCUUCAGAACACUCCACUCUGAACAUUCGCACAUUCAGGCCAGAAAUGGGCACUUUCUCCUUGCGCAUUCUGUGUCAGAAUGGCUUCCGGAAAUGGAUCAGCUUGAGGAAGAGGCACAUUGCUAUCUAAAUCCUCUGGGGCUAAGGUCCCGAGCACUCAAGAGUUUCCGUGUGUUGGUCAUUGUCUGCUUUCUUUUGAGCCUGUAAAAUAUUUAAAUCUUUUCGUUUCGUCCUUGCAGCCUUUUUGUGUUAGUUAUAAUUUUGACCCCUGUCUUGCUUUUUGUCGAUAGAUUGUGCCAGCCACGUGAACGUGUAAAUAAACUAGUACAUGUGUAAAAAAAA